GCCACAAGAAGAAUUCCGGGCUCACACAAUCCCUGACCUGUCAGCCCCUAAACGUCCCCUACCUGCUGUGCCCCUCCAGCUGUUUUGAGCUAACCCUCCUGUCAGCCCCUGUACUUGUGCAGACCUUGGCAGGGCAUCCCCAGCGGAGUAACCUGACACCCACAUAGGAUGUGCCCCUGCUUUUGGGAAGUCACCUCUGACCUCUACAGCAGACUGUAGUUGGGAGAAGAGACAGACAUGGUGUGUUGUUGGUAGGGGAGAGAGAGAGAGGACUUCGGAAAGACCAGGCUCAAAUCCAGGAUGGAUUUUGAUAAAAUCGAGCAGACGGGGAAGGCGGACUUUGUCGUGCACGAGGCAGAGAAGAGAUUCGCCAACAAGGCGCUGAUCACGAUGAACACGUUACGGCGCGGCGGUCAGCUGUGCGACGUGGAGAUCAGCGUGGAGGGAAAGACGCUCUACGCACAUAAGGUCGUCCUGGCGUCCUUCAGUAACUACUUCUACGCCAUGUUCACAGGUGACCUGGCGGAGGCUUCCCAGGGUGCCAUUACCAUGAAGGCCGUUGACCCCCGCAGUCUGGAACUUCUCAUUGAGUACGCUUACACAGGCCGUCUGGAGAUCCAUGUGGACACAGUACAAGGUCUUCUUUAUGCAGCCUCACUCCUACAGCUGCCUGAUGUACAACAGUCCUGCUCUACCUUCUUAAAGAAACAGCUCCACCCUGCCAACUGUCUUGGAAUCAGGAACUUUGCGGAUGCCCACACCUGCCAUGACCUGCUGGCAGCGUCAGAACAGUUUGCCCAGCGCCAUUUCACACAGGUAAUAGAAGAGGAGGAGUUUCUGAUGCUGCCCAAGGCGCAGCUUGCGGAGCUCAUCGGCUCUGAGGACCUGCACGUGUCCAACGAGGAGGAGGUUUUUAACGCCAUCAUCUCCUGGGCGUAUCACGACCGGGAAAACCGCAAACACCACAUAGCAGAACUUCUCAAACAGGUUCGCCUGCCACUGUUGUCUCCUCACUUCCUGGUGGACACAGUGGAACAUGAGGACCUGAUUAAACAGGACCUGGCCUGCAGAGACCUGCUGGAUGAAGCAAAGAACUACCAUAUGCUGCCGGACAGGCGGGGACGCAUCAAACGGGACCGCAUCAGGCCCAGACGCUCCUGUGUAGGUGUAAUCUACUGCUGUGGAGGGAUGGACACCACCGGUCACUCACUCAGCAGUGUUGAACGUUUUGACCUCAGCUCCGGGAAGGUCAGCAUCGUGGCCAGCAUGAACACACCGCGCAGCGGGGUCGGGGUCGCCGUGCUGGACGGACAUGUCUACGCUGUCGGUGGCCAUGACGGUAGCCAGUACCUGAACACGGUGGAAUGUUACAACCCGAGCGAGCGCAGGUGGAAGUACGUGGCGCCCAUGUCCACGGCCAGGAGAUACGUGGCGGUGGGGGUGAUGGGAGGACUGUUGUACGCUGUGGGAGGGUACGACGGAUCCGCCGUGCUGGACUGUGUGGAGGUUUACGACCCCAAAUCUGACCAUUGGCGUUAUGCAGCUCCAAUGCAUUGUAAGCGUCGACAUGUGGCAGUCGGGGUUCUAGAGGGUCAGAUGUAUGCGGUGGGCGGCCAUGAUGGCACGUCGUACCUGAAGAGCGUGGAAAGAUAUGACCCUGAAACCAGCCAGUGGUCUAUGACAGCCAGUAUGAGUGCCAGGCGCGGCGGUGUUGGCGUGGCCACCCUGAGCGGGAAACUGUACGCCAUGGGAGGUUACGACGGCAAGUCUAACCUCAGUACCCUGGAGCGAUACUACGCAGCAGAGGACAGAUGGUCGUCCGUGGCUCCUAUGAACAUGUGUCGCAGCGGUGCAGGGAUCGCAGUCCUCGGGGAGUGCCUGUACGCGCUGGGCGGACAUGAUGGAGCGCACUACCUCAACACCGUGGAGAUGUUCGACCCCCGCGUCGGGGAGUGGAAGAUCGUCGGCAACAUGGGGACGUGUCGCGCGGUGGCGGGGGUGGCCGUUCUGCACGAUUGUUACGACACGACGGUCUGAAACCACAGAACACAGUGUUACAGGUCAAGUUUGAGUCCGUCCUCUCCAUUAGCCAAAGACAAGGCUUAAGAAAUUGUUGUCCAUCUAACUGCCUACCCUGGUUUUC